AAACAGUUUUGAGAGUGUCUAGGACAGAGAAAUACACUGAUAAUGUUCGUGACCUCUUCAGUCCAGCUUUUACCAGGGACAUCAGAUCUGGGCUCGGAACAAAAAUAUGCCUUUAAAUACCAUUUCAGUUUCACACCCAGCCCAUGUAUCGACCAAAGAUUAACAUUUUUGGAUAUGGAGCCAAGCCACCAGACGCUAGUACUGCGCAGGCCGUAAAAUGCCCUACGUGAAAACGAGGCUGUCAGUGGAAAUCCUUCUAAAACACCUAUUUUAAGGGGGUUUGGUAAAUAAAACUUGUAGAUAUUGUAUCCAUUGUAGAAGAAGACAUUUGAUUUCUUGUCAUGCCUUGAGUGUCACGUGACCCUUUCUUUAUAAUAUGGCGAAGCCAUUGAUGGGCGUCCUUUGCUAGAGCCGUCCUAUGUGCGUUUGGGCGUUCAAGGGGUGAGGAUAGGCAUCUUUUCACACAAGUUUAAAUGAUAAUAACACUAUUACAACUCUUUUUUAAUUAUUAACCCUUUCACUGCCAAAUGUGGCCAAAGACAAAUUUCAACCAAAUUGCCAAAUUUCGUUUUCUAAAAUUUUGACAAACAAAUAGCAUCAUGUUAAAGUACAGCCGGAGAGCUUUCAUUUGAAUGGUCACAUCAUAGGAUUUCGUCGGCAGACUCAAAAGUUAGAAUCGCCUUACAAAACUCCAUCAAGCUCUCUGGCAGUGAAAGGGUUAACGCCUGAUUUAUUACCGUAAAAAAUGUAAAUCACCACAUGAAAAGCCUCAUGAUAGCCCUGCGUGUAAUCAUCUGAGGAUGGAUUAAGAUUGCACAGUAUAAAAGCUAGCCUCCCCGUAGACGUCCGUUGGGGUUCGUUUGUCACGCAUUCAUUUCAUUUGCGUGACAAACGAACCCCAACGGACUUCUGCGGGGAGGCUAUAUAAAAGCUUGCAUUGGUACGAAAUUGUAAUUAUAUGGCACUCUGGCUGUUUUUCCAUAUAAAUGUAGAGAACCGCAUAAAAACGAGACUUAAUUAAUUAGUUGUGUAUUCAGUCAACAGGUCUAUGGUCCAAACUCAUGGACAGAAAAAUAAUUGUCAGUGAGCCACGCGGUGGAGAUAAAUCAGGUCAGCAAGUUCAUCGUCAUCCUUCGUCAUAAUUUUAAUCGAUAAAGCAGGUUAUAUGAGAGGCAACGUGAAAGCUGAAGUAGACCUGCUUACAAACAAUACUCUGGUAUCUUCCCUCCAAAAAAAACCCAACAUUUCCAAUUCCACUUCAAUCUUGGAUUUGAGAGGAACAGAUUUAUCAGUCCAGAAACUGUUAUGUGCUACGCUUGUAAAUAAAGCCAGUUGAUUUAUCCAAAUAUUUUAUUUGAAAAUGCAGAGUUUGACGACAUUAUGCACCAGUUUUACCAUGCUGUUAGAACGAGCGAGGAUGAAGAAAGCGCUGAGCUAGGUAUGAGGGUUUGUUUUCUGAGCUCCUGACUUGCUCGGUUAAAAAAAUCCCCACAAAGACCGGUUAUCACUUAAGAUGGAGCCGGGACCCGCGCUUUGUGAUUGGUUUACACUGCAAAUAAAACAGAUCUGUUUUAGACCUGGGUCUUUUCGGUGAGUAAAAUACGGUACAGUUUUGUGGGUCUACCAGUACCUCCUCUCAUCGUCCCUCAUUCUACCCUAGAACGAUCACUCAGUGGAUUCUUCAUUCAAUCACAGUCGUGUAAACUAGAAAUGUACUUUGCAUUUUUCUUUUUUCGUAAUAGUUAGCUGACCCCACGCCAUCAAUCUUCGGCUUCGAAGGGUAGGCGUUACUGGUCAAUAAAUACAUUGACCCCCUUAAUACAGUCCAGUUGCCGAGGGCUGAUAUUUUGGCUUAAAUUAUGCUUAAAUGGCUCUAGGAGAGGCUGAAUCAGACUUUGGCCUACAGGGCUAAACUGGCAGUUUAAAGCUGAGACAGAUCUGUUUAGUGUACAGUGUAAUCCUCCACUUCUGUUCACGACUCCAACAAUGUGGUUUUCACUAUAUCGUAAGCAACGAGAAAAUGGAAACUUUCUGAUUCUUGGAACUCAGAUUUAGUCGAGCUUAUGCGGACGUGAGAUGAACUGGUUAUCUGUGCUUUCACUGGCCACAUAACUUGUAUUUGUUUGUCUUUUAGAUCCUUUACGUCUCUUAUGAUCAGCCAAAUUGUUUUUUUUUUCUUUUUUCUAUUUUACUACAUUUAGGUCAAGUAACAUAUAACAAUAGCAUUUUCUCCAUCCUUUGAUUAAGAUUCAGACGACGAAUCAAACGUUGAUGGAGGACUGUUCUUGGCGGUAUGUAGAGGGAAAGUAAGCGAGGGACUCGACUUUGCUGACAACAAUGCCAGGGCUGUAAUCACGGUAAGACUGGUUUCCGCGUUCUUCUUAUUGUGACAUUGCCGCACUUUUUCGGGAACUGGCGCACUCUAAUUAGGCCAAGGGGUCACAAAGGUGCAAAGAAGAAAAAAACUUUUACAGAACGUACGUAAACAAACGUACGCAUACGCACAUUUCCUUAUAAUAUAAGCCAAAAUUUAAUUGGUUAUGGCAUCUUUAGAAAACACACAAUCAGUUGAGUUAACUGUAUCUAAAAAUUGUGACCCGCUUUUCUCCCUCAUGACCCGCUUUUAGCCUCUCUUUGGGUCCUGUGGACCCCAGUGUAGAAAAUCCUGGUAAGAACACUGUAGUUUCCAUAGCAUUUUCUUCAAAUUUCUUGGUCGUCGACUCCGAGUAAUCUGCUAGUCUCCCUCGCAGCCCUUUUUGUCUCGUCACGCAACACUUGGGGAGGAGUGUUGCGUGACGAGACAAAAACGGCUUCGAGGGAGACCAGUUAUCUGCCAGCUAGGGAAUUGUUUUCUGAGUCGGGUAACCACUACUCGAGAAAAAGUUAAAGUAUUGAAUUUUUGAUUUAUUCGCCUUGCCCUGGGAAGGAAUCACCUUCCCCAGGUUCAGAUUGCUGCAUACAUGGUCGCCUGAUAAGCGUGACGAAGUGCAAUUUAAUGCGCCGUAACUUCUACGCUUAAAAUUACAACAUUCAACUCUAACAAUUAAAAUCCGAUUCAUUUUUAAUUACGAAAGUGAUUACGACUACGACUUUUAACACUGAAGUAGGGCCAUCUUAGUUUUAGAACAAGUUAGAUGAAAUUGUUCUCACCGCUGUACUAUCCAUUGCGUUACAUUACUUUGAUAAAUGAAAAGUAAAAAUGGCAAAACGAAAAGUUGAUAUUUGUAAGGAUUCCCAUUUCGUGAUAUUUUUAUAUUGUUUGCCUGAUUUAGAUGCGAUGCAUUUUUCUAAUGAGUAAAAUAAAAUUCAUUUUUAGCACUGGCGAUGACAUACAGAUGGUAUUUUGCCAUAGUAAUAUGAUUUCGCUCUCAACAUUGGCGAGAAGAGCGAAAUAAUUCAUGCAAAGUCGCUUAUUGCCCCAGAAGAGUGUGUAACACCAAACGAUGUUAAGAUCAUUUCUGCACUGUACAAUUGUCACUUUUAGAAAUAUUCUUUUGUUUCAGCCUUGAUAGUAAAUUUAAGUCUUAAAAGUAGACCCGUUUCUUUCCUAAGACCUGUCGAGGUCUUUUCCAUGGCCAAACAGGAGGGAAAUUAUGUUCCGGCACUCGUCAACUGAUUUCUGCUCCGAGUUCGGCAUUUUUCUUCUAUGGCGUCCUGCAGAUCUUUGCCUCCCCUGUCCGGCUUAAUAUUCCAAGAUGUAACUUUCAGACUACUGAGUUUGCAGUUGUUGUGACGAAUAGCCUUACAAAGUAGAGGCACCACUACUGCAGUCAAACGGUUACUGACAAGCUGUAAAUCAGUGAGUUUACAGUGCUGAUUCUCUAGUGCAUCACAGAUGUGACGAACACCUUCAUUGGUCAUUUUGUCACAGAAGAUAAUAACAAUAGUCAAUUGACAAUUUGGGUGUUUGAGCGUUUUACACAGACGUAGUAAAACGGUGUCAGUAGCUACUUCCUCGCUUAAAAUACUCAGUUUAGUCAGUUUGCAGUUCACGUUCUCCAUUGUAUCGCACAACUGCGAUAUAACUUUUUCCGUUACCUGGUCCCCUCCAAGACGCAAGCGAAUGACUUUACAGUUUCUGUUCUUAAAUGAUUCCCAUAGAUGGGAAAGCCCUUCAGGACUCAGUAAGUCGUUUAGUAUGAUGUUUAACUCUUUUAGUUUGCACCUGUCCGAUGUAAUGGCCUGUGCUAGGGCAUUUAAACCCUGAUCCGUGAUCUUGUUUUCUGGAACAUGUAGUGUUACCGGACCUCCUUCCGAUAGCAACUUAGCAAGCUCUUUACAUCCACCCUCCCCUAUAAAAUUGCUGCACAAGUAAAGUGUGUAGUCUAUAGAGUCAAUGUGUUUUAAAAAAUACACGAUUGCCACGCAAUCGGUAGGUGUGAUUUGACUGUCAAAUAGGCGAAUCGCCUUUUCAAAAUUGUUCUUUCUUUGUAGUUCAAACGCCGCUCUCUUCACUGUAGCUUCUUCGUUGUACUCGUAUAAACACUUCAUCAUCAGCAACGCCUUCUUUCUGUUGAAAGACGUAGAAAGCAAUGUUUCCUGAAGUCGGCUUACGAUGCUGUUAAUUGCUUCAUUUUGUUGACCAUGCAGUAGCCCUGCGACAAACUGAAUAACCAAGUGCCAUUUUGGAUCUUCAGCAUUAGUUGCAAUGAACUCAGAGAGUUUAUGCGGAUCCAUUUUCGCUAUUUCUCGUGCGGCAAGAAACUCCUGUAGAGUUAGAUGAGUGAAGCAAAAGCAUUGUUUGAACUCGACAAGAGACAGUCUGCAGUCUGGCAUUUGCGUAAGCAAACCGCAAUUUUUCAUCUCGCCUACUUCAUCUGAUCCAAAUAUCAUUCGCCCUUCUGUUAUUCCUUUCAUUGCCAGCAUUCCGAGAUCGCUCAAGUGUUUUUCCACUGACUCUGAAAAACUUUCAUUUCCCAGAAAUGGUUUUUCCCGAUACUCUGGGUGAUGCUUGAAAAUAAGGAGUCUUAAUGCUCCUUGGUAAAUUUCUGUGAGUCUUGUGGGUAAAGCGAUGCUGUUUUGAUAGCUUAGCUUGAUUAGCUCCUUCAGGAGGAAGCAAACUAUGCGGCAAUUUACGGGAAUGUAACAUAGAGACAAAAGGGUCAAAUUCUGUUGGAUGUGUUCCCACAUUCUUGUCGCUGUCAUGUUGUUUUGGUCGUGCUUGCAGUAGUUCUGAACAUAAGAGCGAACCCUUUCUUCUGUAAAGCCCACAAUCUCGACAGUCCGCUCAAAUAGUGAGAUUCCUAGACUUUCAAGAACGGUUGGUCUGCUAGUGGUGAGCACCGUAGCUCCAGGUAAAAGCCGUUCCUGCAACAAUUUGAGGUACAAGGCAGAAGCAGGCAUUUCCUCUAAGGAGCUGUUCCCGUAUCGGGAUGCGUCGUUCACGGUGCAGCUUUUGUGGUCUUUGAACUCAUCCAAGCCGUCAAAUACAAGUAGAAUCUUCUCGGGGUGAUCUAACAUUUCUUGAUAAACGUGAUCAUCCAGAUCUCCAUCGAGAUUGCUAGCUCGACUGAGUAAUUUCCGAAGGCAGAUCUUCUCUUCUGACUUUGCGAAAAACGAUCGAAAUGGAAACAAGAAAGCAUACUUAAACUGCUUCUUCUUGUCGUAGAAGAGUUCUCCUUUACUCCAGUCACGUAAUAGCCUCUCGCACAGCAAGGAUUUUCCGAUUCCUGGUCGACCAACGACGAGGAUUUUUCGCGGGUUUUGAGCGUCUACGUUGGGAAGAAAUAACUCCGCGCGCGUGUUUACCACAACUGAUCCUCGCUGACUUUCAGGCUUCAAAUAGAAGUCAUAUAUUAGGUGUCUUUCGCACUGCUUCAAAAACUCUUCCUUUGCCCUUCCAGUGUAGAUGACUACAUCGAGAAAAAUGUCGUCUAAGUAAAUCCUUCCUUCGCCGUCGUUUUCAUCGUUACAGUGGAUUAGUGGUUCUAGAAGCUCUGUUUGUUGUAAAAUUCGUUUUUUCAUGCGCUCUCUUAACCCACCCGAUGUCACGGUAGUUGCGCUUUUGUGGAAGAAGUACCUUACACAGAAUUCUGAAUCAAAGGUGAAGGCAGGACGUUUUAAAGCUCUCAAUGCGAGGUAAAGCAUUUCUCCAAGUACGAGAAACGCAAAAACUGAUUGCAGUAUCCAUACUGCUGCUAAGCAGAUGUUCUUUUCAGAGGCGACUGGAUUGUGACAUAGAGCCUGCGUCUCCUUAUUUCCCGUCACAUUCCUUGGUUGAGUUGCUUUUAAAACACAAGUGAAUCCUACAGGAAAUCCAGAUGGAUGCAUUAUAAAUUUUUGAACUGCUGUUAGCGCAAUCCCUAGUACCAGACGUGCUGCAAGAUGAACGAAGUAAAAACUGAAGAUUCGACGAGAUUUGACUCUUGGUCUUGGACGUGGAUUUUCCGCGUCUGGUGUUAACACCGCUUCUAGUUUGUCGAUCCAAGACUUAACACAGCACCAAGAGUAAAUGAAGCAAACAAUAAGAACAACCGAGAAACUCAAAAGCACAGAUCCGUACAGAGGUAGAGGAGAAUUGUAUUGUCGUUCGUACUUUUCAAAACACUGCGCCUGAUAAAAAUUCUUGUCAGACAAACCGUCGUUUUUUUCGCAUAGAAAUUUCCUUCUUUCGCUGAUUCUUAACUUGCUUGUUAUUCCAAUGAAAGCGAUUCCAGUCGAAGCAAAAAGUAUAAUUAUAGUGUAGCCAAAUACGCUAAAGCGGGUUGGAGUCAAAAGCUGCUUUACUCCUUCCAUUUUCUUAAAAACGAACGACACAGUUACAAUGAUUAAAUGGCAAGUCGCUUCGCUUCAGCUGUUUCGCUUGACAUGAGAACAACGAUGGAAAAAUAUUCAUGAAUCUUGGUAAAUCGAUUAUGCGUAUUUGCAUAUUUGGUUAAAGGGUUAUCGACAACUGUUUGUCCUGACGUGAAAUUAGAUUACUUGUGCUGGAGAACAGAAUAUCCGCAGUUGAUUUUUUUUUUUUUUUUUUAUUUAUUUUGCCUUACAGACAUAUAUUAAAUGUUUACAGUACUAAACACUGCUGAAACUAAAUACUACUAACAAUAUUCACUAUACUUGCACUAUUUACAAUAUUGGCUAUACUGACAAUACCAUCCAUACGAUGCUCGUACUACUAAUAAUUACAAUGGUUACACUACAGUUGAUAUUACAGCACUUUUGCUCAUGAUAGCGACAGGAAUAAUUAAAGGAGAGUUAUCAGGCAAUAAAAUGUUUCGGAUUAAGUUGGUUUUGUGCGAAAGAACAACGGGAAAAACAACUUAAUGAUAAAUGGCCGUAAAGUAAAAAUAGAUCAGAUCUAGAGGAGCCGUAUUAUAUUACCAUCCACGCUGACUUAGCAUGAGUAAUAUUUAGAAACUUGCACUGCUAAAAUUAGCAGUCACUAUCUUUGGGGGAAAUCGCUUAAUUAAUACGGGGUUUAAGGCACAAAAAUACUAAAUACGGAGUAACCAAAGCUGCCCUUAUUAAUUAAUGCGGGUAGCGAUAAGAUAUCUUCAUAAACUAUAGGUCGGUGAAAACGAAUAAUUGUACGAGUUUUUUUUUUCUGUUGCUUUUUCAGCAAAUUUAAAUGGAUUCAUUCGUCUCGCUUGCGUAAGCAGCGAGACUAAUGAUCGAUAAAGCGUUUUUCGCCCCGCCGGGGGGGGGGCGUUGGCGGGUAGUCCCUUAUAUAGACUAUAUAAGUAUGUGCGGCGCCAAAGGGUAUGUUUCUUUAGCCGUUUUGGUCUGAAAUAGGGUAUCAAUUUUGACCAUUUUGGUCUGAAAUAGGGUAUGGUUUGUGCACUCUAUUUUUUAAUUGGGUAUGUUUUUUAGAAGAAGCUACUUCUUCAUCAUUUGGUGAUAAGACCAUUUCCCUUUUAAUGUUUACGCCAACCGUGUACGUGCUGUAACAGCUUGUCACUCGCUCCGGUCCCGCGCCGGGCUCCAGGGCUUCAGGUCUGAAAUAGGGUAUCAAAUUUAUGAUCAGGUCUGAAAUAGGGUUGGGAAAAUCCUGACAGAUUUUGGUCUGAAAUAGGGUAACGUUUUCAGGAAGCGUGUCGCACACCCCCACCCAAUUUUUCUGGAAGUACCCUCCCGGGCUUUUUCCUCGUAUUUUAUAAACAAAUGGGGGGGGUCAUUGUGCCAUGCGUUCCUUGCGGAGACCGUGGAAACUGGGACUAAGCUGAGAGAUCGAAGCAAGGCAUGUUUUGCGAAGAAAGCUUUGGAAAGAUUAAAUUUAGAGCUUUUCCGAAACAUGUCGGUCCACGAAUUCUAUCGCUUGAAAGCGUUGAUUUCUUUGAAGCAAGUGAACACUACUGAGCGGUCGAAAAAAAUAAGAAUUUUAAUUAGCAAAAUGAAAACUGCGAUGGUCAGGUGUUGUAAACUUUCACUGUAUGAAAAUGGCUCUUAUGAUGAGCAUGCGAUUUAUUGUCGGGGAUGAUUGAAAUGACGUGCCAUGUAAAUACUUUUUUGAUCUCUUGCAAUGAUGUAAUUUCUCUGGAAUCGAGGCCCUUGAAUUUUCGUGUAUUUAUACACGCGCAUAGCCUGCGACCGAAGACGUAUUUCAAGUCGUCGCUAACACGUGUACUAAAUGAAUUCAGAAGCAAGUGAAAAGUAUCGACGUCGAUAAAGUAGGACGUAAAAAACCUUUACCGAGUAAAUCCUGUUUCGUGUAGAAUUAAUCGCCUCCUCAUUUCUCGAUCUAAUCUCCAAGGGAGACUGAAUGGCGCUGUAAGCGCGUUCUUGUUACAACUAGAUUAUGGUUUGCAAAAUUGAGCUGGUUGAGAGGUAGCCUCCCAUUUCUUCCCUCCCCAGAAACGUUUGUGGGGAGGGAAGAAAUACGAGCUCCCCUAAAAACGCCUGCGUGGGAGGCUAGUUGAGAGGAGGGUUUUUUUAUUAAGUUGAAACAUAAAUUAGUUUGACAAAUAUUUUGAAGGGGACUAGCGCCACGUCCGUACGCACAUUUGAUAAUAUUGGCACAAAAAGAAAUUUAUUUUUCACUUUUAGCCCUGCAAAAUAUGUUUUUGUGUUUAUGAUUUCAUGUUAAGUAUGAGUUGAUCCAUUCAAACGAAGUAAACCAGGAAUACACGUACUCGCUUAAGUCAGUAACUUGUGUGGCAAGAGCAAGAUGCAUUAACUGUUUCUAUUAAUCACUGAUUCAAAAGAUGACAUGUCAGUGCUUGGCUUCAUGUACAAACAAAGUGACUUUUCUUCGGCUCCCGAGGGGGGGGGGGGGGCACUUGGGUAUUUUUGGGUGGGUAUGUGCCGACCGGGACUCCAAAUUGGCAUCCCGUUCUAAAAAAAAUUUCCCCUAAAAUUGAUACCCCAUUCUAAAAAUCGGUCAAUUUUUUAUACCCCGUUCUAGAAUUCUCCCUAAAACUGAUACUCCGUUCUAGAAAUGGGCCAAUUUUUAUACUCUGUUCUAGAAAGUUUGUAAAUUGAAAUAGCCCCGUUUCUUUAAAAAGAUAUUUCUUUAUUUGUUCGACUUAUACAUCAAAUAAAUGCUUCUUCAUAAUCAGCAACAAUUUUAAGCAGAAGAUAAAACCGUGAUCCACAAUUUUUUUAUUUCCCAUCUUAUUAAAUUGUGUUAAAAACUUUAAUUAAAAAAAAAAUCAUGAAUAUCAAGUUCUCCUUUUUGAGCCCGUCUCCAUCUCCCUCGGGUACAUUAUGGACUCGUUCCAGACUGCCUAUUUAUCCAAGAUGGCGGAGUCAGCUUUCGCGGCUCACGCUAAAAUACGCCCGCCCUGUACCCUAAAACACAGAGUGCAACAAGAGUACAACAGUUUGCUUGUUAACGUGUUUUUAAAAGCAAUCCGUCCUUGAAUAAUUUCAAAUGGCUGCUUACAAAACUGGGGCUUUCGUGCGUUCGAAAUAUUAUACCCCGUUCUAGAAAACGCCUCUGAAAUGGGUACCCCGUUCUAAAUCAGGAGCUUCAAAAUCAGCAUUUCCGGGUUUGAAAAAUUACUGAAAUACAGUGAGACCUCUAUUCUGCGGACACCCUCUACUAAGCAGACAUUAAGCUGGGUCCCGAAACGAACGUCUGAUAUUUCCCUUUAUAACGAGCCCCUAUUCAGCGGACACUAAAAUGAGUUGUAUUUGGCUAAUUUCCAUUGUUAAAAACCUCUAUUAAGCGGACACCGGACUGAAUUGACAAUAGUAGUAUUGGAUUACGUCCUUGAAAUAGGUACUGAAGUCAGUUAAUGUUUUGCAUUUACAGACAAAUUAAAGUUGGUAAUGAAAGGUAAUGAACUUGAACUCUAGAUGGCUUCUUUAACAACAUGCAACUUUAUCACCGUACAUAGUGACCGUUGAAUGUUGAUCGUUAACAAACAUUGCGCAAUUUUUACAACCUCUAUUAAGCGGACACUUGGGAAGGUCCCUAAGGUGUCCGCCUGAUAGAGGUUUCACUGUAACAUUUCAAUACCCCGCUAUACAUAGCUACGGCACUGAAAACUUAAGAACAGGCAAACAAAGCUGCUUUAAGCUACUGUUCACAUAUUAUCCUUGUUGGUCUGUUUGGGAUUUAUUUCAUCUUUUAUCAUAUGCUGAUAUUUAUUUAUUAUAUCGAGGUAAAUGUUAUGUUGGCGCUUGUGGAUUGUGUUCGUUAUAACGAGGAUUUCGUUAAAUCGAGGCUCUGUUCCAUACAUUUUACUGUAAUUUGGGCCGGGUUGAAGAAAAUCGUUCGUUAUAUCGAGGACUUCAUUAUAUAGAGGUUCGUUAUAUCGAGGUUCCAUUGUAUGGAACUUGAGAAAUUACCAGCCUCGUCCCCAGUCUCUUGUGAUCACUUUUUGGGGGAUAUUUGAGUUUGAGCACGGCAUUUUGCUUCUAAGGCGUCCUGCAGGUCUUUGCCUCCCUUGUCCCACGUAAUAUUCCACGAUGUAACCUUCAGACUACUGAGUUUGCAGUUGUUGUGACGAAUAGCCUUACAAAGUAGAGGCACCACUACGGCAGUCAAGCGGUUGCUGAUAAUAUGUAAAUCAGUGAGUUUACAAUGCUGAUUCUCUAGUGCAUCACAGAUGUGAUAAACACCUUCAUUGGUCACUCUGUUACAAUUGAUACUUAAAUCAGUCAAUUGACAAUUUGGGUGUUUAAGCGUUUUAAACAGACGUAGUAAAACAGUUUCAUUUGCUACUUCCUCGCUUAAAAUACUCAGUAUAGUCAGUUUGCAACUCACGUUUUCCAGUGUAUCACACAACUGCGAUAUAACUUUGUCCGUUACCUGGUCUCCUCCAAGACGCAAGCGAAUGACUUUACAGUUUCUGUUCUUAAAUGCUUCCCAGAGAUGGGAAAACCCUUCAGGACUCAGUAAGUCGUUCAUUCUGAUGUUUAACUCCUUUAGUUUGCACCUGUCCGAUGUAAUGGCCUGUGCUAGGGCAUUUAAACCCUGAUCCGUGAUCUUGUUUUUUGGAACAUGUAGUUUUACGGGACCUCCUUCCGAUAGCAGCUUGGCAAGUUCGUUGCAUCCACCCUCCCCGAUAAAAUUGCCGCUCAAGUCAACUUUGUAGUCUAUAAAGUCAAUGUGUUUUAAAAAAUACACGAUUGCCACGCAGUCCGUAGGUGUGAUUCGACUAUUUACCAGGCGAAUCUCCUUGUCAAAAUUGUUCUUUCUUUGUAGCUCAAACGCCGCUCUCUUCACUGUAGCUUCAUCGUUGUACUCGUAUAAACACUUCAUCAUGAGCAAAGCCUUCUUUCUGUUGAAACACGUCGAAAGCAAUGUAUCCUGAAGUCGGCAGACGAAGCUGUUUGCUGCUUCAUGUUUUUGACCAUGGAGAAGCCCUGCGACAAACUGAAUGACCAAGUGCCACCGUGGAUCUUCAGCAUUGGUAGCGAUGAACUCAGAGAGUUUAUGCGGAUCCAUUUUCGCUAUUUCUCGAGCGGCAAGAAACUCCUGUAGAGUUAGAUGAGUGAAGCAAAAGCAUUGUUCGAACUCGACAAGAGACACUCUGUAGUCUGGCAUUUGGGUGAGCAAACCGCAAUUUUUCAUUUCGCCUACUUCUUUCAAUCCAAAUAUCAUUCGCCCUUCUGUUAUUCCUUUCACUGCGAGCAUUCCGAGAUCGGUCAAGUGUUUUUCCACUGUCUCUGAAAAGCCUUCAUUUCCGAGAAAUGGUUUUUCCCGAUACUCUGGGUGAUGCUUAAAAAUGAGCAGUCUUAAUGCUCCUUGGUAAAUUUCUGUGAGUCUUGUGGGUAAAGCGAUGCUGUUUUGAUAGCUUAGCUUGAUUAACUCCUUCAGGAGGAAGCAAACUAUGCGGCAAUUUACGGGAAUGUAACAUAGAGACAAAAGGGUCAAAUUCUGUUGGAUGUGUUCCCACAUUCUUGUUGCUGUCGUGUUGUUUUUGUCGUGCUUGCAGUAGCUCUGAACAUAAGAGCGAACCCUUUCUUCUGUAAAGCCCACAAUCUCGACAGUCCGCUCAAAUAAUGAGAUUCCUAGACUUUCAAGAAUGGUUGGUCUACUUGUGGUGAGCACCGCAGCUCCAGGUAGCAGUAGUUCCUGGAGCAAUUUCACAUACAACGCAGAAGGAGGCAUUUCCUCUGAAUAGCUGUUCCCGUAUCGAGAUGCGUCGUUCACGGUGCAGCUUUUGUGGUCUUUGAACUCAUCCAAGCCGUCAAAUACAAGAAGAAUCUUCUCGGGGUGAUCUAACAUAUCUUGAAAGACGUGAUCGUCCAGGUCUCCAUCGAGAUUGCUAGCUCGAGUAAGUAAUUUCCGAAGGCAGAUCUUCUCAUCUGACUCUGUGAAAAACGAUCGAAAUGGAAACAAGAAAGCAUACUUAAAUUGCCUCUUCUUGUCGUGAAAGAGUUCUCCCCUACUCCAGUCACGUAAUAGUCUCUGGCACAGCAAGGAUUUUCCGAUUCCUGGUCGACCAAUAACGAGGAUUUUUCGUGGGUUUUGAACGUCCACGUUGGGAAGAAAUAACUCCGCGCGCGUGUUUACCACAACUGAUCCUCGCUGACUUUCAGGCUUCAAAUAGAAGUCAUAUAUUAGGUGUCUUUCGCACUGCUUCAAAAACUCUUCCUUUGCCCUUCCAGUGUAGAUGACUACAUCGAGAAAAAUGUCGUCUAAGUAAAUCCUUCCUUCGCCGUCGUUUUCAUCGUUACAGUGGAUUAGUGGUUCUAGAAGCUCUGUUUGUUGUAAAAUUCGUUGUUUCAUGCGCUCUCUUAACCCACCCGAUGUCACGGCAGUUGCGCUUUUGUGGAAGAAGUACUUUACACAGAAUUCUGAGUCAAAGGUGAAGGUAGGACGUUUUAAAGCUCUCAAUGCGAGGUAAAGCAUUUCUCCAAGUACGAGAAAUGCAAAAACUGAUUGCAGUAUCCAUACUGCUGCUAAGCAGGUGUUCUUUUCAGAGGCGACUGGAUUGUGACAUAGAGCCUGCGUCUCCUUAUUUCCCGUCACAUUCCCUGGUUGAGUUGCUUUUAAAACACAAGUGAAUCCUACAGGAAAUCCAGAUGGAUGCAUUAUAAAUUUUUGAACUACUGUUAGCGCAAUCCCCAAUACCAGACGUGCUGCAAGAUGGAGGAAGUAAAAACUGAAGAUUCGACGAGAUUUGACUCUUGGUCUUGGACGUGGAUUUUCUGCUUCUGGUGUUAACACCGCUUCUAGUUUGUCGAUCCAAGACUUAACACAGCACCAAGAGUAAAUGAAGCAAACAAAAAGAACAACCGAGAAACUCAAAAGCACAGAUCCGUAGAGAGGUAGAGGAGAAUUGUAUUGUCGUUCGUAUUUCUCAAAACACUGCGCCUGAUGAAAAUUCCUUCCAGACAAACCGUCGGGGAAAUGGCAUAGAAAUUUUGUCCUUUCGCUGAUUCGUAACUUGCUUGUUAUUCCAAUGAAAGCGAUUCCAGUCGAAGCAAAAAGUACAAUUAUAGUGUAGCCAAAUACGCUGAAGCGGGUUGGAGUCAAAAGCUGUUUUACUCCUUCCAUUUUCUUAAAAGGGAACGACAGGGUUUCAGUGAUCAAAUGGCAAGUCGCUUCGCUGCAGCUGUUUCUCUUGACAUGAGAACAACGAUGGAAAAAUAUUCAUGAAUAUUGGGUUAUUGAUGGCAAAUCAAUUAUACCUAUUUGCAUAUCUCCUGGGCACCCAACGAGAAUAUAGUUCAAAACCACUAAAACAUAGUAUUGUUAAAGUAUUUUAGUAUUUAAAAGGUAGAUAUAGGCAUAUUUUUAUCCCCUUUUAUCCGUGACGUUGGGUGCCCCUGAUAUUUGUUGAAAGGGGCUAUGUCAGCUGUAGAACAUACGUUCUGAGGUUAUGCAAAUUACUUUCAACUGUCAAAAUUCUAUUGUUUUUAACGCGUGACUUUCUCCAUGUGCGCUCUGAGGUUAUGCAAAUUACUUUCAACUGUCAAAAUUCUAUUGUUUUUAACGCGUGACUUUCUCCAUGUUCUCUGUCAUGUCCAAGGCUCUGAAUUUAGAGAGGUUAACAAGCGAAAUGGGUUUAGAUAAGGGAUAUUUCGAUAGAAUUUACGGAACGUUUCUUCUCUGGUUAAGCUAGAUCAAGAAUAAAAUUGUGACGACAAUUUUACUUGUAGUUUUGGAGUAAAAACGCGAGCCAUUCAUAAAAUAGUGCGCAAACAAAAAUUCAACAACAACAUAUUGUCUUAUUCAACAAAAUAAAUCGAAGUUGUAUUUUACAAACGAGCUACAAAAGACGCUAGACCGAAGAUAAAGACCAAGACUGUUUCAAAUCAUUAACAAUUAGACUUGUCUGUCGCUAGUGAUUUUAUAAUUUAGAUGCUGAUAGAACAAGAGACUUCAAGUCUUUGUUUUGAUCUUAGGGAAACAUACAUUAUCGCGCAAAAUUGUUCGAUCGUGCCGAAUCACUGCGACGUCGGGAAAAACAGAACCAAGCAUCAUUGGUAUACUACUCCACUAUAAGCAGUCCGUUGAUAAAAAGGGAAAGUAAACUCUGCUAUUUUCCAAAAAUAUGCUCGAACACAAACAGUUCAAAAACAUGGCAUUUACAGGAUCUAACUCGUACUAAGGAGCUUCUCUAAGUCCGUUGAGAACAAUCUGGACGAGCAAACCGGCGUUGCUAAAACGAGGGUAAGGGUAACACCAAGGGUAAGGUGGAGGGUGGAAGGUGAGGGUAAGGGUAAGGGUAAGGGUAACACCAAGGGUAAGGGUGGGGGUGGGGGUGAGGAUAGGGUGAAAGCGUAUGGAAACAUAACUGUAUCGAUGAUCAUGCAGCGAUCAUUCAUCCGUUACUCUUACUGGUUUUGUUCAGCACAAAAAAGAAAUUUUUUCACAGAAAUUGCGUUCUUCUGCGGACAAAGCCUGGAGAAAAAAAAAUCAGUCCAAGAGUUGAGGAAGACCUCAAAAAAUAUGCCGACAAUCUUUCAGAUAUGUCACAUUUGGAGACGAACAAACUGUACAUCUAACACUUUCCCUUAAAAAAGGCAAAUGUAUGGUCUUCAAACCGCGCCAAGUCCAAGACGUACGAAUUGUAAAAUUCAAUGAAAUAUAAAGUAUAAAGAAGACAAUUUUGGGGGAGGGAGAAAUUUUGGAUGAAAAUCUAAAUUUGAAUUCCCACAACAAUUCUCACCCCCACCCUUACCCUUACCCUUACCCUCACCCCCACCCUUGGUGUUACCCUUACCCUCGUUUUAGCAACGCCGGACAUCAAGUCUUUGUUUUGAUCUUAGGGAAACAUACAUUACCUUAUUAUAGGAAAUUAACGCUCCAUGAAAUUAACGCGAAUCGUUAAAAUUGGCGUUGAUUUUGUUGAGCGUUAAUUUCCGCGCUCUUAAUUUCCAGUAUUUUAACCCCAAUUUUGGAACCUGUCCAGACAUUCUUGACACCUAAAAAGACAUUAACUACAAGUUUUCUUUCUUUCCAUUUACCGUUUAUUUUUCAUCUUUCACAAAAGCUAAGGCGAAGGUUUACAAUACUUCGAGUCCAUCUUCAUCGUUGUCGCUGUCAGAAAUGAUGUCAAUAUCUUCUCCUUUGAUUUCGGCCAAGAUAAUCGCGUUGAUUUCCUUUUUAUGAAAUUCUACCUCCUCUUUCGCGUUAAUUUUCUUUAUUCGACAGUCGUUUUCCAUUAAAUUCGCGUUAAUUUCCAAUACCUUAAUCUCAUGGAGCGUUAAUUUCCUAUAAUAAGGUAUCGCGCAAAAUUGUUCGAUCGUGCCGAAUCACUGCGGCGUCGAGAAAAACAGAACCAAGCAUCAUUGGUAUACUACUCCACUAUAAGCAGUCCGUUGAUAAAAAGGGAAAGUAAACUCUGCUAUUUUCCAAAAAUAUGCUCGAACACAAACAGUUCAAAAACAUGGCAUUUACAGGAUCUAACUCGUACUAAGGUGCCUCUCUAAGUCCGUUGAGAACAAUCUGGACGAGCAAACGGUCGUGUUUAUCUUUGCCGUGAAUCCAUAUAAAUACAAGAAGGAAUCUAGCCGAAUUUUAUGAUGUUUCCUUCGCCAGGAGUUUCGUUUGGUCACGAAACUCAUGGCCUGAUGCUCUUGUAAUCGUUUACCAAAAACGGCCGCCGCCAACUCGAUAGCCGCUUCAUUAUAUGUCGACAUAUUUUGAGCACAAGAAAAAUCCAAGAGCCAGCAACCUCUAAAAUAACUCAAUAGAAAGGUUCUGUGAACUAUAGGGAAGAUUCCAUCACUCAUUGUGGAGUAGCCGUCAUUAACUCUGCCAUUACAACGGCCGCUGAUAAGAGAACACAGUAAAUCCACGUAAAAACAUUCCACAGGCAAACAAUUUCAAAAUAACGCCAAAACUUUAUUCUGUAAUCACCAUAGAACGAUUCUUAAUACAAAACUUCGCUAACUAUCGAACGAUGGCUGAGAUUUAGACAGAUAAAAACAGCCUUCCAAAAUCUCCGACAGAACUUGAAAAAGAUGGGCCAACUUUUUCAAGUUUGUUUUCAUUGGCUCGCGCAUGCGUGUGGGGUGACAUAGCCCCUUUAAAAGGGAACGACAGGGUUUCAGUGAUCAAAUGGCAAGUCGCUUCGCUGCAGCUGUUUCUCUUGACAUGAGAACAACGAUGGAAAAAUAUUCAUGAAUAUUGGGUUAUUGAUGGCAAAUCAAUUAUACCUAUAAUAUAUAUAAUAUAUAUAUAGUUCAAAACCACUAAAACAUAGCAUUGUUAAAGUAUUUUAGUAUUUAAAAGGUAGAUAUAGUCAUAUUUUUAUCCCCUUUUAUCCUUGACGUUGGGUGCCCCUGAUAUUUGUUUAAAGGGUUAUCGACAACUGUUUGUCUUGACGUGAAAUUAGAGUACUUGUGCUGGAGAACAGAAUAUCCGCAGGUGAAAUUACAGCACUUUUGCUCAUGAUAGCGACAGGAGUAAUUAAAGGAGAGUUAUCAGGCAGUAAAAUGUUUCGGAUUGAGUUGGUUUUGUGCGAAAGAACAGCGCGAAAAACAACUUAAUGAUAAAUGGCCGUAAAGUAAAAAUAGAUCAGAUCUAGAGGAGGCGUAUUAUAUUACCAUCCACGCUGACUUAGCAUGAGUAAUAUUUAGAAACUUGCACUGCUAAAAUUAGCAAUCACUAUCUUUGGGGGAAAUCGCUUAAUUAAUACGGGGUUUAAGGCACAAAAAUACUAAAUACGUGUAGUAACCAAAGCUGCCCUUAUUAAUUAAUGCGGAUAAGAUAUCUUUAUAAACUAUAGGUCGGUGAAAACGAAUAAUUGUACGAGUUUUUUUUUUCUGUUGCUUUUUAAGCAAAUUAAAUGGAUUCAUUCGUCUCGCUUGCGUAAGCAGCGAGACUUAUGAUCGGUAAAGCGUUUUUCGCCCCCGCGGGGGAAGGGCGGGUAGUCCCUUAUAUAGACUAUAUAAGUAUGUGCGGCGCCAAAAGUUAAGUUUCUUUAGCCGUUUUGGUCUGAAAUAGGGUAUCAAUUUUGACCAUUUUGGUCUGAAAUACGGUGUGGUUUGGCACUCCUAUUCUUGAAUUGGGUAUGUUUUUUAGAAGAAGCUACUUCUUCUUCAUUUGGCGAUAAGACCAUUUCCCUUUUAACGUUUACGCCAACCGUGUACGUGCCGUAACAGUUUGUCUUGCGCCGGGCUUUAGGGCUUCAGGUCUGAAAUAGGGUAGAGAAAAUCACAGAUUUUGGUCUGAAAUAGGGUAGGGGUUUCAGGAAGCGUGCCGCACACCCCUACCCAAUUUUUCUGGAAGUACCCCCCGGGCUUUUUCGUCGUAUUUUAUAUACAAAUGGGGGGUCAUUGUGCCAGGCGUUCCUUGCAAAGACUGUGGAAACUGGGACUAAGCUGCGAGAGCGAAGAAAAGCAUGUUUUGCGAAGAAAGCUUUGGAAAGAUUACAUUUAGAGCUUUUCAGCAACGUGUCUAUCGCUUGAAAGCGUUGAUUACUUUGAAACAAGUGAACACACUACUGAGCGGUCGAAAAAAAUAAGAAUUUUAAUUAGCAAAAUGAAAACUGCGAUGGUCGGGUGUUGUAAACUUUCACUGUAUGCAAUUGGCUCUUAUGAUGAGCAUGCGAUUUAUUUUCGGCGAUGAUUGAAAUGACGUGCCAUGUAAAUCACUUUUUUGAUCUCUGCCAAUGACGUAAUUUCUCUGGAAUCGAGGCCCUUGAAUUUUCGUGUAUUUAUACACGCGCAUAGCCUGCGAACGCAGACGUAUUUCAGGUCGUCGCUAACACGUGUACUAAAUGAAUUCAGAAGCAAGUGAAAAGUAUCGACGUCGAUAAAGUAGGAAGUAAAAAACCUUUAUCGAGUAAAUCCUGUUUCGUGUAGAAUUAAUGGCUCCUCAUUUCUCGAUCUAAUCUCCAAGCGAGACUGAAUGGCGCUGUUAGCGCGUUCUUGUUACAACUAGAUAAUGGUUUGCAAAAUUGAGCUGGUUGGGAGGAGGGUUUUUUUAUUAAGUUAAAACAUAAAUUAGUUUGACAAAUAUUUUGAAGGGGACUAGCGUCAUGACCGUACGCACAUUUGAUAAUAUUGGCACAAAAAGAAAUUUAUUUUUCACUUUUAGCCCUGCAAAAUGUGUUUUCGUGUUUAUGAUUUCAUGUUAAGUAUGAGUUGAUCCAUUCAAACGAAAUAAAACCAGGAAUACACCUACUCACUUAAGUCAGUAACUUGUGUGGCAAGAGCAAGAUGCAUUAACUGUUGUUGUUAUUCCACUAUUAUGUCAUUUUACCACAUAAGGUCAAGAGAACGCGCAAAAUACGAGGUCGUAAUACACUAUAGUGUCCUGGUUUUACCGGCCUACAACAGGGCGAAAACCGGCGACCUGAACUUCAGCGAGUGCGGCGAAAGAAGACGAGUGCGUUCAUCGAGCGGCCUUUAUAAAGCCCAAGAAUGAAUAAACACGGAAAUAAUGCGAAAUGGCUUGGAAAUACUUGUUUAAGCAAUUUUUCGUCAAUUGUAUCUUUGAAGUCAUGAUAAAUACUCCUCCACAAGUUCAAACAGUGUGAAUGGCAGUGGUCGCAUGGCCCAGUGGUACGAGGCUUCACAUUUUGCACCGGAGGAAGUUGGAGUGCAGGUUCAAAUCCCGGCGGGGCUACCUGCAAUUUGUUUUAUUCGAUUUUCUUCUUUCCUCGUAUUUUUACCCUUUGGCUUGUUUCCAUUUCGAUGACGUAUUUCUAACGUCACUCUCACAGACGGAAUCAGGAUGUUUCUGAAUACUCUUACCAAAGAAAUAGAAGCCAAUGAAAAUAACAAUUUUUUUAAAGUGGAAUAAUAAACCUCUUAUUCGAUGAUUUAGCAUAUAAUACGAGCGGACAUUUUUUUAAGCAAUCGCGCGUCCCUAAUUACAGUAGAACCUCGACACUUCCAUUUAACGAAUUUUCGGGAAAACCACCAAACUUUUCGUUGUAUCGAGUGAUAGUUAAUAACUAAUUUACAAUACCCAGAAUUUCCGGGUUUGAAAAAUUACUGAAAUACAGUGAAACCUCUAUUAAGCGGACCCCCAAUUAUGCGGAUACCCUCUAUUAAGCAGACACUAAGCUGGGUCCCCAAACGAACGUCUGAUAUUUCUCUUUAUAACGAGCCCUUAUUCAGCGGACACAUGAGUUGUAUUUGGCUAAUUUCCAUUGUUAAAAGCCUCUGUUAAAGCGGACACCAGACUGAAUUGACAGUAGUAGUAUUGGAUUACGUCCUUGCAAUAGGUACUAAAAUCAGUUAAUGUUUUGCAUUUGCAAAACAAAUUAAAGUUCGUAAUGAAAGGUAAUGAACUUGAACUCUAGAUAGCUUCUUUAACAACACGCAACUUUAUCACCGUACAGAGUGACCGUUGAAUGUUGAUCGUUAACAAACAUUGCGCAAUUUUUAGAACCUCUAUUAAUCGGACACUUUGGAAGGUUCCGAAGGUGUUCGCCUGAUAGAGGUUUUACUGUAACAUUUCAAUACCCCGCUAUACAAAGCUACGGAACUAAAAACGUAAGAACAGGCAAACAAAACUGCUGAAAACUACUGUUCACAUGUUGGCCUGUUUGGCAUUUAUUUCAUCUUUUAUCAUAUGCUGAUAUUUAUUUGUUAUAUCGAGGUAAAUGUUAUGUUUGCGCUUGUGGACUGUGUUCGUUAUAACGAGGAUUUCGUUAAAUCGAGGUUCUGUUCCAUACAUUUUACUGUAAUUUUGGCUGGGCUGAAGAAAAUCGUUUGUUAUUUCGAGGACUUCUUUAUAUAGAGGUUCGUUAUAUCGAGGUUCCACUGUACAGUUGUAUGGAACUUGAGAAAUUACCUGCCUCCAGUCUCUUGCGAUCACUUUUGGGGGGAUAUUUGAGUUUGAGCACGGCAUUUUGCUUCUAAGGCGUCCUGCAGGUCUUUGCCUCCCUUGUCCCACAUAAUGUUCCACGAUGUAACUUUCAGACUAGUGAGUUUGCAGUUGUUGUGACGUAUAGCCUUACAAAGUAGAGGCACCACUACUGCAGUCAAGCGGUUGCUGAUGAGAUGUAAAUCAGUGAGUUUACAAUGCUGAUUCUCCAGUGCAUCACAGAUGUGAUAAACACCUUCAUUGGUCACUCUGUUACAGUCGAUACUUAAAUCGGUCAAUUGACAAUUUGGGUGUUUAAGCGUUUUACACAAACGUAGUAAAACAGUUUCAUUUGCUACUUCCUCGCUAAAAAUACUCAGUAUAGACAGUUUGCAACUCACGUUCUCCAUUGUAUCGCACAACUGCGAUAUAACCUUGUCCGUUACCUGGUCUCCUCCAAGACGCAAACGAAUGACUUUACAGUUUCUGUUCUUAAAUGAUUCCCAGAGAUGGGAAAACCCUUCAGGACUCAGUAAGUCGUUCAGUAUGAUGUUUAACUCCUUUAGUUUACACCUGUCCGAUGUAAUGGCCUGUGCAAGGGCAUUUAAACCCUGAUCCGUGAUCUUGUUUUCUGGAAUAUGUAGUUUUACGGGACCUCCUUCCGAUAGCAGCUUGGCAAGUUCGUUGCAUCCACCCUCCCCGAUAAAAUUGCGGCUCAAGUCAAGUUUGUAGUCUAUAGAGUCAAUGUGUUUUAAAAAGUACACGAUUGCCACGCAGUCCGUAGGUGUGAUUUGACUAUUUACCAGACGAAUCUCCUUGUCAAAAUUGUUCUUUCUUUGUAGCUCAAACGCCGCUCUGUUCACAGUAGCUUCAUCGUUGUAUUCGUAUAAACACUUCAUCAUAAGCAAAGCCUUCUUUCUGUUGAAACACGUCGAAAGCAAUGUAUCCUGAAGUCGGCAGACGAAGCUGUUAGCUACUUCAUUUUUUUGACCAUGGAGAAGCCCUGCGACAAACUGAAUGACCAAGUGCCACCGUGGAUCUUCAGCAUUAGUAGCGAUGAACUCAGAGAGUUUAUGCGGAUCCAUUUUCGCUAUUUCUCGUGCGGCAAGAAACUCCUGUAGAGUUAGAUGAGUGAAGCAAAAGCAUUGUUCGAACUCGACAAGAGACACUCUGUAGUCUGGCAUUUGGGUAAGCAAACCGCAAUUUUUCAUCUCGCCUACUUCUUUCAAUCCAAAUAUCAUUCGCCCUUCUGUUAUUCCUCUCAUUGCCAGCAUUCCGAGAUCGCUCAAGUGUUUUUCCACUGUUUCUGAAAAGCCUUCAUUUCCGAGAAAUGGUUUUUCCCGAUACUCUGGGUGAUGCUUGAAAAUGAGCAGUCUUAAUGCUCCUUGGUAAAUUUCUGUGAGUCUUGUGGGUAAAGCGAUGCUGUUUUGAUAGCUUAGCUUGAUUAGCUCCUUCAGGAGAAAGCAAACUAUGCGGCAAUUCACGGGAAUGUAACAUAGAGACAAAAGGGUCAAAUUAUGUUGGAUGUGUUCCCACAUUCUUGUUGCUGUCAUGUUUUUGUCGUGCUUGCAGUAGUUCUGAACAUAAGAACGAACCCUUUCUUCUGUAAAGCCCACAAUCUCCACAGUCCGCUCAAAUAAUGAGAUUCCUAGACUUUCAAGAACGGUUGGUCUACUUGUGGUGAGCACCGCAGCUCCAGGUAACAGUAGUUCCUGGAGCAAUUUCACAUACAAGGCAGAAGCAGACAUUUCCUCUGAAUAGCUGUUCCCGUAUCGAGAUGCGUCGUUCACGGUGCAGCUUUUGUGGUCUUUGAACUCAUCCAAGCCGUCAAAUACAAGAAGAAUCUUCUCGGGGUGAUCUAACAUUUCUUGAAAGACGUGAUCGUCCAGGUCUCCAUCGAGAUUGCUAGCUCGAGUAAGUAAUUUCCGAAGGCAGAUCUUCUCAUCUGACUUUGCGAAAAACGAUCGAAAUGGAAACAAGAAAGCAUACUUAAAUUGCCUCUUCUUGUCGUGAAAGAGUUCUCCCCUACUCCAGUCACGUAAUAGUCUCUGGCACAGCAAGGAUUUUCCGAUUCCUGGUCGACCAAUAACGAGGAUUUUUCGUGGGUUUUGAACGUCCACGUUGGGAAGAAAUAACUCCGCGCGCGUGUUUACCACAACUGAUCCUCGCUGACUUUCAGGCUUCAAAUAGAAGUCAUAUAUUAGGUGUCUUUCGCACUGCUUCAAAAACUCUUCCUUUGCUCUUCCAGUGUAGAUGACUACAUCGAGAAAAAUGUCGUCUAAGUAAAUCCUUCCUUCGCCGUCGUUUUCAUCGUUACAGUGGAUUAGUGGUUCUAGAAGCUCUGUUUGUUGUAAAAUUCGUUUUUUCAUGCGCUCUCUUAACCCACCUGAUGUCACGGCAGUUGCGCUUUUGUGGAAGAAGUACUUUACACAGAAUUCUGAGUCAAAGGUGAAGGUAGGAUGUUUUAAAGCUCUCAAUGCGAGGUAAAGCAUUUCCCCAAGUACGAGAAAUGCAAAAACUGAUUGCAGUAUCCAUACUGCUGCUAAGCAGGUGUUCUUUUCAGAGGCGACUGGAUUGUGACAUAGAGCCUGCGUCUCCUUAUUUCCCGUCACAUUCCUUGGUUGAGUUGCUUUUAAAACACAAGUGAAUUCUACCGGAAAUCUAGAUGGAUGCAUUAUAAAUUUUUGAACUGCUGUUAGCGCAAUCCCCAGUACCAAACGUGCUGCAAGAUGGAGGAAGUAAAAACUGAAGAUUCGACGAGAUUUGACUCUUGGUCUUGGACGUGGAUUUUCCGCGUCUGGUGUUAACACCGCUUCUAGUUUGUCGAUCCAAGACUUAACACAACACCAAGAGUAAAUGAAGCAAACAAAAAGAACAACCGAGAAACUCAAAAGUACAGAUCCGUAGAGAGGUAGAGGAGAAUUGUAUUGUCGUUCGUACUUUUCAAAACACUGCGCCUGAUGAAAAUUCCUUCCAGACAAACCGUCGGGGAAAUCGCAUAGAAAUUUUCUCCUUUCGCUGAUUCGUAACUUGCUUGUUAUUCCAAUGAAAGCGAUUCCAGUCGAAGCAAAAAGUACAACUAUGGUGUAGCCAAAUAUGCUAAAGCGGGUCGGAUUCAAAAGCUGUUUUACUCCUUCCAUUUUCUUAAAAUCGAACGACACGGUUUCAGUGGUCAACUGGCGAGUCGCUUCGCUGCAGCUGUUUCUCUUGGCAUGAGAACAUCGAUCGAAAAAUAUUCAUGAAUGGUGGGUUGAUGAUGGCAUAUCGAUUAUGUCUAUUUGCAUGCAGUGUUUCAAUUAAAGGAUUAUUGACAACUGUUUGUCUUGACGCAAAAUUAGAGUACUUGUGCCAGGAAACAGAAUAUCUACAACUGGAGGUGAAAUUAGAGCACUUUUGUUCAUGAUAACGACAAAUGCAUUAAAGAAGAGUUGUCAGGAAAUACAAUGUUUCGGAUGAGUGAGUUGUGUGCGAAAGAACAGCUGAAUUAGCGUGAAAAACAGUUUAGUGAAUAAUGGUCGUAAAGUAAAAAUAGAUCAGAUCGAGAGGAGGCGUAUUGUAUUGCCACUAGCCUGCGAGCAAGCUCUCCUAUUUGGGCGAGCGAAGCGAGCGGCGGAGCCGCGAUGGGCCGGCGAAAGGAGAGCUUGCAACCAUCCCUUUCAAAUUUUCAUUUGUACUUCGCCCAUACCAAGGGAAAUACCAUUGGCUGAAAAAUGACGUUCCGGAAAUUAAAGUUGAUUGAUAACAGGCCAAGCUGGCACCCGCUUCGUCUGUGUUUCAAAUUUGGUUCUCAGGGGGAUCAGAUUGGUACCGAGAACUUGUUUCAGCCCUUAAUACAGACGGGCUCGUUUGAUGUAAUUCUCGCAAAGAGAAUAUUGCGCGCCGAGGAUAAGUCGGACUGAGUUUGUAGUUCUUGAGGAAGGACAAUGAAUCAGUUGUAUAUAUUUGUGUCAAGCGCCUUGUUUAGUUCUGAAAACCGGGAGAGUGAAAGUGAAGAGUGACUAAAGCGCUGUCUUCCAACAUCGGUUUCUUCGCGCGAUUGAAUUCUGCUGGGUAGAAAAGUUCAGAAACAUGUACUUGACAGUGUAGCUGUGUAGCUUGACCGUAAAGAAGGAAAAGAGAAAGAGUUGGAAGCAACUGGAGUAAACCUUAAGAGAACCAAGUGCAGGAAAACGCUUUUCUCCGGUUCCAGACGGACAAAUAUAUGAUGUUUUUGUUGGUGAUUGCGAUGGGGAGUAGUCUUCUACACUGCAGUAUGGACGACUUUUCAAAAACAAACGAAACGAGAAUCAAAGUAGUGAGUUCUUAAACGAGCGGACACGUUGAAGUUCGAUGUCCCCGUGGAAAAAAAAACAUAUCAGUGAUUAAAAACAUUGCCUUGAUGCAGUUGCGAAAGCGAUUUAUAAAUAAAUAAUUCUACGCGCCCUCGGCUGUCUAAACUUACUUGACAGGCGGCACGUUUGCGGUGACAGUUUUCACGCUUUGCGGAGUCCCGGGGUUUCCGGGGUGGAAAUGAAAAUAUGAAAGGGAUGGUUGCAAGCUCUUCUUUUCUCGGCCCCUCGCUCGCGCGUUCUCGCGAGGCUCGCUUCGCUUGCCCAAAUAGGAGAGCUUGCUCGCAGGCUAUAUUGCCACCCACGCUGACUUAGCAUGAGUAAUAUUUUGAAACUUGCGCUGCUAAAAUUAACAAUCUCUAUCUUUGGGGGAAAUCACUUAAUUAAUGAGGUGAACUGUAGGUCACUGAAAAAAAAAAACUUUUUUUUCAGAAAUGAACUAAUUUCGUUACAACUAGAUUAUGGUUUAGCGAGCUUGUGAGAAGACGAGGGCUUUUUCAUUAAGUAAAUACACAAAAACAUAAAUUUGUUUGACCAGUAUUUGAAAGGAUUAGCGUUACGUUCGUACGCACAUGUGAUAACUGAAUAUUGGCACAAAAACAAACCCAUUUUGCUUUUUUAGCCCUGCAAAAUGUGUUUUCGUGUUUAUGAUUUCAUGAAAGUAUUAAUUGAUCCAUUCAGACGAAAUAAAACCCGGAGUACAGUAACUUGUGUGGCAAGAAAAAGAUGCAAUAACUGUAUGUAUUAAUCAAGGAUUCAAAAGACGACAUGUCAAUGCUUGGCUUCAUGUACAAACAAAGUGAAAGUGUUUUUUGGUAUUUAAAUUUAAAACAGAGCAUUUCAUCAGCUGCGUUUACAGAUGGGAAGGUUUGAUUGUCAUUCGCUCAGCAAGAAAGGCAUUCUGUGGCUCAAAAUACUUAAAAUCGAACUUAAAAGGCCUGUGUCACCCCUUCGCUGUCUGUCUUCUUUAUUUACAAAAGAUCUUCCUGAUCUUUUCCCCCAUUUCGCCUCCAUCGUUCUGUCUUUGCGACAUGUUGUACUUAGGACUUUUGAAGGAUUUUUUACCUCCAAGCAAGUUUCCAUUGUUUGGUUAUGUGUUGAUUAUUUUCUACCUUGCUGCUGGAGUUUCCUUAACAGCAGUCGCAGAAACUUUGGAUCAAGAGAACAGGAAAAGUUUCAGUGCACUAUUACCUUCGACAUCCAGUCUGACGAGAGGAAUAAUCAAUUCCUUCAGGACAAGUGUUAUCAGAAGUAUGACCUGCAGUACAAUUGUCGUCUACCACUCUGGGGUGUCGUGUUAGUGAAAUCCGCUUUAAUUUUGACUGUUUCCCUGUUUUAUUCUUGUUGGUUGCAAACAGCUUUAGCUCGCGUUGUGCCUCGGUUUAACGUAUUGGAAGCAGAAUUCUCCAGAGAAAAGCAACACCCGAGGCGAAUAUUUCGGUUAUAUUUGUCUUGCUUGGUUGCUCGACUAGCACUAACGAUCUUGUUCGUAGUGUUACAUAACUCAGUGUUCUUCCCAUUCAUAUUUCCCACCGAAUUUUACUGUGUUCUCUCACUACAGCCGAAUGUCUCAUGCUGGAAUUCAGAGUUUAAAGGAACGUCUCCUUCUUUUCACUGCCCCAAUUCACUCGCUAAAGACAAGACCGUCGUGUCUAUGCUGGUUUUGAUGCUAAACAUCUUUUGUUUGUUUCUUGUUCUGUCUGUAGAAAUUAUUUACCUGGUGCGUAAGAAACGUAUUCAUAGGAACUUCACUGUUGAUAUUGAGUUCUAUUCAUAUUAUUUUUUCAAGCGAGCAUCGAUCCGUCGAGUCAGAAUUUAUAUGCAAAAACUGACUUCAGUAAAUACGGAGAAGGCCUUAAUAGGUCACUGUGAGAACAGAUUGUUACUAGAUGACAUUUUCGUAGAUGUUGCACUACAGAUGAACAAUGGUGAGUUGAUUUAUAGAUACGACGAUUUAUACCUUCCAACCGCUUCAAAAGUUCUUGUUGUUGGUGCCCCUGGAAGAGGAAAGUCUUUGUUGUGCCAGAAAUUGUCGCGCGAUUGGAGUAAAACACCUCUUGACAGUUUUGAUUUUGCGUUCUUGUUUAAAUUCAGUUGGUUCAAUUCUGAAGAAACUAGCAACAUGUCUCGGAAGGGUUUAUUGAAUCGAGGUGCAUGUUCAGAGGGUAUCGUUGAAACCGUUUUUCGACAGUUGGUGGAUAACCCUGUGAAAGUGCUACUCAUAUUUGAUGGAUUGAAUGAAUUCAAGCAUCUACAAAGCUGCACUGAGAAUAAUGAGGCAGGCUAUGAGAAUAGUGUAACAGCGAAAAUUCCAGUUUCGGCACUAUAACUCAAAAUACUACAGAACAAGCUUCUUCGCGGGGCAACUGUGUUGACAACGAGUAGACCCAAUAUAAUAUUUCAGUUCCCAUAUCUUGAUAGGAUAGCCCGCAUUCAGGAAUUUACCGAUGAGAAAGUGUACAAAUGGGUGGAUAACUAUUGUAAGGGAGCUAAGGAUAACGCGAUAGCAACAGCAGUGAAAGAGUACAUCGGCGCGAGUUCGCAUUUGCUGUCGUUAUGUCGCAUUCCUGUGUUCUGCUACAUAGUGUGUGACUUUCUGAGGAGUGUAAUCAAGCGAGACAACUCGAAUGGCAUUAGACUAACAGACGUGUAACAAAGAGCCUUGAAAUUUUUGUGUUCAUGCCGUUUACACCAUGGCAAUCCUAUUCAGAUUCAGUUGAAGAAACUCUGUGUGACCUCGGGUUACUAGCCGAAAAAGGGAUAGGAGAAGAACGACAUAUAUUCCGCAGUGAAGAAUUUGAGAUUGAAACAAGAAACUGCUGUUUGUUGGAAGCAAUAGCAGGUGAAAACGGCAAGCGACAGAAUGUGAGAAUGGAACCCGCCGCGCUGAAAACGAGGGUCAAACGUUAUUUGCAAAGUGAAAAAGAAAGCUGGUUCUUGAUUUUGCAGUUUCUCUUGGGAUUGCUGCAUGGUCAGCCAAAUGAAGCAGUCGAGGGUUAUGUUGAAUGUCUUAAAGAAUCCCUUUUGUCAACACCAGCUCAAGUUAAUGGGAAGAUGACUUUACUCAUGAUGAAGUGUUUGUUCGAGUAUAAUAGCGAAGACACAGUGACAUACGUGGCCAAACAGCUGCAAGAAAACGGCGACUUUAGCAACAGAAUCAACCUGCAGCAAUGUCAAGUUCCAUCAUCUGAUUGCAAGGCAAUAGUAUAUUUCUUAAAGCUCUUUAAGUCGCUAGAAUCAGUUGACCAACGCCACAACGCCAUAGGAGAAUGUGCGCGUAAUGAACUCGGCAAAUUGAUCGAAACUGGAGCCUUAAGACAUUUAAACCUUGAAUAACAAUAUCCCUUACCCACAUGUAAUGACACUGUUUUGGUGCGUGUGUAUUUAAUAAGGGAGAGUUCCUAUCAUUAAUGGCAGCCUUCUUCACCCAAAGUUAAGAGAUGUUCAGACAGUCUCCCCAUCAUAUGAGUUCUUGUCGUAAUUCAGAUUUUUGCAUUUUUUUAGUUUAUUUUGGUCGCCAGCAAGAUAACACUUACACUUCUUUUAACUGCAUUAUAAUUGCUCUGUGAUAUUAUCUUAAGACUUGUCGUUGAAGAAAAGCAACAAGUAGGAAAAAGUCAUUCUAGCGUAUGUUUGUAUUAAAAAGGAGCUUUUUCCACUUUUCAACGGUUAACGAUAGAUUUAAGAGAUAAGGAAAUUCUAACCGUAAAACUACAAGAUUUGCCAAUGCUAAUGCGGACCUCUGGUAACGUUUUAACAAGAGCCUUUGUCUCUUGCGCAGUCUAAAGCUGGAUUUCCACUGUCGCCUAAUUUUUAGGUGCGCACGCACGUAAAUUUUACGCGCGUAAAGAAAACAGAGACAAUGUAUGGAAGGACACGCGUAAACGUAAAAGUUGAACCUCUCGCAACUUUCACGUUUACGCGUGGCCUUUCAUACAUUGCCCCUGUUUCAUUUACGUGCGUUCGCACGGAAAAAUUACGUGAGAGUAGAAAUCAACCCUUAGAGGUCAUUUGUACUUGGCUACGGUGAAGCUCGCUUGGAGUAAAUAGGUUUAUUGUUUAUACACUACUGAGUACCUACAAUCUGUAGUUUACUCUAUAACUAAGCUUACAGAAGCCAGCAAGAAAAAAAUUUAUCCCCUUUUAAUGUGGUCGUUGUAUCCUUCGCUGGCGUUAGUAGUUAGAGGUUUGUGUUUAGGCGCGAGCUCGAAUGAGCGGUAAAGCAGCGAGUAGAAUGGGCGAGAGCAGUUUUCUCCCGGUUUCGCCUUCCGCUAAGCAGGUUUUUGUUAGCCCCAUUACGAAUUGCAGAUGCAGGAGCCACUGUGAAUCCCAUGCGAAUCUGACGCAAAUAUUUUUUUUUCGGGGCUUUUUAUAUGUAAUGAAAUACUUGUUAAAAUACUUCCACUUCCUUACCACGAUCUCUCUUGUCCUUCGUUCAUAUUGGGCAGACAUCAAAGGCGGUGUUACACGGGAUGAUUUGCAACGACGAUUUUUAUCGCAACACGGAGUUGCAAUGUUGGAACAAUGUUGUAACCGUUCGAAACAAUGUUGCAACAAUAUUGCAACGCUGUGGUGCGCUAAAAAUCGUCGUUGCAUAUCGUCUCGUGUUACAUCGCAUGAAAGUACUGUUGAUACUUCAGUGUUUUUGCAUUGAAGGGAAAUAUAGAACUUAAAUUGUCUGUUUUGAGCUAGUUAAUGUUAUGGAAAAGUAAUCACUUUCCUCGAUUCUGAAGGAUUAAACUGGCGGUAAAUGUGUACGUUUUGUUUAAGAACAUUAUGAUGUCAUGUCGCGGCCAUUCAGUAUGGUAAUCUGUAACCGCGUUAAUCAUUUUUCUUCCUUAGAUUGGAAUUCCUUUUCCUAAUGUGAAAGAUAUCCAGGUAAGACCUAUUGGGUUAUUAUCCAACGAUGAGCAAAAAUGAGAAAAUCUGAUGGUAAUAAGUGAAAUUAACCGGAAGGAAACUCUCUUAAGUGAAAUUUAAUUCCCUCAUACGCCACAAAUAUGUUUUCAAUACUUGCAUCUCACGUUAUUAAAAGCUUGAAGCGAUCAGGAAUGUACGCUUUUCUCGCUGCAGGGCUUUACCUUCUUGUGGGCAAAUUAACCGAAAAUCACUUGUCGCCGGCCAAGUAAAGUACUACUUCAAGUCUUAAGGUUUGUUUUAUGUACAUUUAAGGUGGAGCUUAAGCGCAAGUAUAACACACAGUAUGCAGCAAGUCGAGGGCUUCUGACAGGCAGCGAGUGGUAUGAAAUUCAAGCCUACAGAGCACUAAACCAGGUCAGGCUAAUUCAAGUUUAGCCUGCGAAAAACAGCCAUCUCUCUUCGCUCUUCGCCGCAAAAGGAGCGAAGGCUGGUUUUGCAGGCUAAUUCAAGUUCUAUUUAUUUCAUGUAGUGAUUACUUUGUGCAAAUUCCCUUAAAGGUGAUGUUACACGAGACGAUUCGCAACGACGAUUUUUAGCGCAACACAGCGUUGCAACAUUGUUGCGACGUUGUUUCGAAUGGUUACAACAUUGUCCCAACAUUGCUACGCUGUGUUGGGCUAAAAAUCGUCGUUGCAAAUCGUCUCGUGUAACAUCUCCUUAAGUGCCAGUCUCAACGGUGUAAAGGUGAUGUUAAACGAGACAAUUCGCAACGACGAUUUUUAGCGCAACACAGCGUUGCAACAUUGUUGCGACAUUGUUUUGAAUGGUUACAACAUUGCUCCAACAUUGCAACGCUGUGUUGGGCUAAAAAUCGUCGUUGCGAAUCGUCUCGUGUAACAUCUCCUUAAGUGCCAGUCUCAACGGUGUAAAGGUGAUGUUAAACGAGACAAUUCGCAACGACGAUUUUUAGCGCAACACAGCGUUGCAACAUUGUUGCGACAUUGUUUCGAAUGGUUACAACAUUGCUCCAACAUUGCAACGCUGUGUUGGGCUAAAAAUCGUCGUUGCGAAUCGUCUCGUGUAACAUCUCCUUAAGUGCCAGUCUCAACGGUGUAAAGGUGAUGUUAAACGAGACAAUUUGCAACGACGAUUUUUAGCGCAACACAGCGUUGCAACAUUGUUGCGACAUUGUUUCGAAUGGUUACAACAUUGUUCCAAUAUUGCAACGCUGUGUUGGGCUAAAAAUCGUCGUUGCGAAUCGUCCCGUGUAACAUCACCUAAACCGUGCAUUACGGUUGGUUUUUUGGGGGAAUGAUGAUGAUUUGGAAAGGAAAUAAAUUAGGGUAGAAAAGCUAUACACAUAAACUAGUUAGUCGCUAAUGGGAUCAGAGGCACCUUGUUCUGGUGGUGGACUAUGUGGUAAUUGUCUACUAAAUAUUCACUUCAUAUGUUAAUUGUUAACAACCCCCAUAUCCAGUUUUUUCCUAUUUUCCCAAAAAUUUAAACAUCUCCCCUCCUAAAUUUUAUACAUUAAAAACAUCCGAAAACUUAUCCAAAAAUACGCAAAUAAUUAUUGAAUCAAGGACUGUAACUUAAUUGAGUCAUUUUUGGAUUGAAUGAAAUCUUGGCUAGACAUUUAAGAAAAAGGGUGGAAAUCAACGAAAAAUAAUGCUUUUAAUCGCACUGCCCGCUUAACGUGUUUUUCUGUACAGAUCACCCUGUCAGGGUGAACAAAUAGUGUUCCAGCUGGUAACUUGGUAAUCUCACGUGUAUUCAAGUGAUUUUCGAAGGUUUACGUCUUGUUAAAGAUCCGAAAAUACUCACAAACUGCGUAACCGAUCUAGAUACUUGUACAAAGCCAUUGUUUAAAGUUUCAUUGUCGUUCAAAAUAUUAAUGUUUUAAUAUCAGGGACAGCAUCCUACUAGUCAAGAUUUUAAGCGGUAUUUCGUUUAAGUUGCGUAAAUGCGGCCAUUGGAUUGGAAAGCCCGCUGACGAAUGCGUCUGCGGAUUAAGAACUGAUUAAAGUUACGCGCGCCUGAAAACCUUUCUGAGUGUCCCUGUUAGGUUAUGCUGGGAAGCAAUGACCGACAAAAUGAUUCAAAUAAUUCAAUUCAGGGAUGUUGCUCUACCAGACCAAUAAAAGUUGAAAGAUGUUUCAGGUUUUCUUUUCAUCUGACUCAUUUACUAUUCUUUCCUGUAGGCCCUAGGAAGGUGUAUUCGUCACAAGUAAGUUUUAAUGCUAUUUUAUGGAUUUGAUUUAACUGUAUUGGAGCCUUAGAAAUGAAAAGCGUUAAAAAUUUCGAUAAAGCAUGAAGGGCGCUUACACCGAUAACCUCCUAUGAGAUCGCUAAAACGGUAGACUGCAAAACAGUCUUACAUUUUUGUUAGUCAAGAAUGCCAGAACUCGUCAAAUGAAAGGUAUGGAGUGAGGGUAGCCUGCGUAGCAGGCGCUUGGAAGUAAUGGGCGUAGGAAAAAAGGGGGCGCGAGAGAGGGACACGAAUGUCUCCAUUGCAUGCCCCGUUUUUUCUUGCGCCCAUUACUUCCAAGCGCCUGGGCCCGGUGGCAUAAAACUUGCAGUUAAGUGUUCACUUAAGUAGGUCACUUACAAAUCCGUUAUGGGUAUACUUACGGGUGUUGCAUGGAACGCACUUAGCACUCUUGUAAGUUUCUGUUUUACGUGGUAACUUACGGGCUCACUUAAGGGC